UGGCUUCUUCCAAGGUUACGCUGCCUGCUGGGUUAUAAAUAACUGGUCCCUGAUGCCUGCUCAUCCAGAAGAAAGAAUCAACAAUAGAUCAUUUCUUCGUUCUCUCUAUCCUGCAUUCGUUCGUUCAAAAAUCACAACUCAGCGACCCUUGCCCCUUUUACACCAUGAUGUUCUCCGCGAAGACUAUUUUUUGGUUUGCCGCCUACGUGGCCGCAAUGCCAUCCAUUGCUCCAUCCGCGGGUGGUAAGGGGGCCGGCAAUGGUGUCGACAACAAAGGGAACAGCAAUGUCAAAUUUGCUGUCCCCGACGACGUGACCGUUAAGCAGGGCAGCGAGAAAUGUGGUGAUCAAGCCCAGCUUUCCUGCUGCAACAAGGCCGUUUAUGCGGGGGAUACCACUGAUGUUAACGACGGCCUGCUCGCUGGGGCUCUGAGCAAUCUUCUUGGCGCUGGAUCUGGUGCCGAGGGCUUGGGACUCUUUGAUGAGUGCUCGAGACUUGACAUCCCCAUUAUCAUCAAUGUUCAGGAUAUUUUGAACAAGCAGUGCCAGCAGAAUAUUGCCUGCUGCCAGAACACCGCGUCUGAUGCUUCCGGUGACUUGAUUGGUGUUGGGCUGCCCUGCAUUGCACUCGGCGCUCUCCUGUGAGCGUCGCUUCCCAAAAAGGUCUAUCCUUUGGGUCCACAACUUCGAAUAUAUAUUGUACGGCUAUUUGAGGAGACAACCAACCGCCCAGGAAGCUUGGAACCGGCCACAUCAGCUGUUGGCUGGGGUAGAAUUUUAGCAUGUUAUUCUGAUUCUUUUGUGUCUUGCUAAGAAACCUUAUCAGGUAGACUACACCGCACCUUAAUUGUUACUUUUAUUUUAUGUCAAAAUGUAAUAGCAUCUACGCUGG